AAAAUAUGAAAAUAAUUCUUGAAAGCAAAGUAUUUUGAUAAAUUUUUCGAAAGUACAUUAAAUUAGUAGGUACCUAACCCUGUAAAUAAAAUGAAGCCAUGAAAUCUUAAUAACAAUAUCACAUUCGGGCCUAACAAUCUAAUAUUAUUAUCUACAUUAAUUGAUUGUCAAUAUAUUAUUCACGUGAGCUAUGUCCGAGCUUUUAGAACUGCAACAUCUUGUAGCUGAUCUCUCUGUUGGAAGUGGUGAUGAAACAAUUCCUAACCUGCUGGAGAACAAGAGGCCGCUUAUCAAAAGAUGUCCUUACCUCGGGUUACUACUAGCUACACUUUCAUCACUAUUUUUCUCACUAUGCUCUGUUAUUGUCAAGAGUCUGGUAAAUAUAGACCCAAUGCAAUUAGCAAUGUUUCGCUUUAUAGGAGUCUUAUUGCCUACUUUACCAAUUGUUAUAUACACAGAGCAACCUAUAUUCCCUGAAGGCAAACGUAUUCUACUAGUAUUACGAUCAAUUGUAGGAACAGUGGGGCUAAUGUUAAGUUUUUAUGCCUUCCGAAAUAUGCCUCUAGCUGACGCCUCUGUAAUUGUAUUUUCAGUGCCAGUAUUUGUGGCUCUCUUUGCUAGGGUUUUCUUGAAAGAACCUUGUGGAAUUUGGAAUACAGUUUCAAUUGUAUUAACUUUAGUUGGUGUAAUAUUAAUCACACAUCCACCUUUUAUAUUUGGUGAAAGUGAAUCUGUCGGCAAUCCAAACUAUAAUAGUUUGAGAGGUGCUAUUGCUGCAUUUGUGUCAACAAUAUUUGGAGCAAAUGCUUAUGUAUUGCUUAGAGUCCUCAAAGGUUUACAUUUUUCUGUAAUCAUGACAAACUUUGGUGCUAUAGCCAUUGUGCAAACAUUGUUUUAUUCUUUUGUUUUUGGUGUUCUUUGUAUGCCAAACUGUGGAACUGAGAGAUUUUUAGUUGUAUGUUUAGCUAUAUUUAGUUAUUUGGGACAAAUUCUGUUGACAAUGUCUCUACAAAUGGAACAGGCAGGACCUGUAGCAAUAGCUCGUUCCGCAGAUAUAGUAUUUGCCUUCCUAUGGCAAGUAAUGUUCUUUGAUGAAAUACCAAGUAAGUAUUCAGUAUGUGGGGCUGUGUUAGUACUGAGUUCUGUGUUACUUGUAGGCUUACGAAAAUGGGCAUUAGCUUUGCCAGAAGAUUCACAGUUGAGGGGUAAGCUUGGAGUGCUAGCACAGUAAUUGAUGAUUUUUUCUGGUAAAUUUUUACUGUUAUAAUCUGUGAUCACUGUUUCUACUUACCAAGAUUACUUAUAUUUGCCACCUUUCUAGUGUAUUGCAAAAAUAUAUGUAAUGUUGGAACCACAAAGCUUUGUAACCUAUAGUUCCAGUGUGCAGAAUACUAGUUUCCUAAUAAUAUUUUGGUGGGCCACUAGAAUUUAUUGCUAUGUAUUUAUAUUUUUGUAUUAUUGAAAGUAAUAUUUAUUGUAAAUUAUAGAAAGCUAAUAACUUGAAGAUAAUAUGUAAUUAUGUAUUUACAAACUCUGAAAGAGUUGAAUAGUUAUUUUCUGCAUACAAUAGAAACAGUUUCUAGCUGACCUUGCACUACAAUUAGCAAUAAUAUUUUAACUGACUAAAAUAAGCCAUCACUCAUCAGCAAUAGUCAACAAGUAAAACCAUUUUUAUUUUUGUUAUUUAAUCAUGUUCUACUCUCGCUAGUUACACUUGACUGCAGAUAGUUGAAGAUGUAAAUUUUUAAAAUGUAAAUAAUUUUAAGCAUUAUGUACUUAUCUUCAAAGACUGUCCUAACUCCUAUGAAUCUGCUGCACCUAAUGUUAACUGUUGUAUUGUACUUGUUUGCUGUGUUAUGUUAUGUUCCCAUUAACCUAAGAUUAUAUUUUUGUUGACUAAUUGCUAUUCUAUUCUAGAUUUAGGUAAGGUAAUUAUGAUGUUAUUCACAUAUUAUCUUUGUAAGUUUGUAUUACUAUUGUAAACUAUUCUAGUCAAAAGUAUUUUAAAGUUAAUAUGUAAAUUAAAGUCAGCCCAUAAUCAUUCAAAUUUAAUAUCUUUAUUUAGAUCAUAAUUUAUUACAAAAAUGUUCUGUCAUUUUUGUGUGUUUAUGUAGUGCAAUAUUUAUAGCUUAUAUUAUAGUCAUAAACUCUGUAACAUUCUGUGUAGAUUAUAAAGUUGUUAAUGUAGCUUAUGCUUAUGCAUAGAGGAUAACUUGUAGUGUCCAAUGUCCGAUUAAACCUUUUUGUUUUGGCUGAAGUCGAAGGUUUCUAGCUAUCUAAAUUCAAUCAACUGCUUUUAAAAUUACUUUUAAUUAAGUAUUAUAACUGACAUUAUUUUAAAAUACUAACUGCUCCCUAUAUUUAUGAUAAGUUUAACAUGACAAAUAGUCAACAUAAACUAAAAAAAAACCAUUGACUUUUAGCCAAGCUUGAACUGAAUUUCUUAGAGUUAUUAAACUUUCGGCUUCACCCAAAGAUUGUGGCAAUAGCUGAUUAAUUGGCUUCGGCUUUGGAUCUACAGUCGGACACUAUUGCUUCGAUACAAAAAAUAAUAUUAUCAUGUUUGGCUUUGUAUCAGAUACGGAUUGGCCACUCAACAGUAUAUUUUUUUCGAUUUUAAGUCAAAACCAGAAACUAAGCACUUAAGU